GUGGACAGUAACGGCAGGCAUACUUGAUACGUUGGAUAACUCAGCCUCCAACCUCUUUUUUUACGCAUUGGAAAUAAUUUAAGAGGUAGUACUUGCCAGAGACCUACCAUGAAUGCAACCAAGCGCAAAUUCAACGCCCUCCUGAAUGGGAUUGGGACAAAGUCGACCACCAACGUUUCUUCAAAGGAAGCCAACAAUGCCGACUCGAUCUCAACAACGAGCGAAAAUUUGCAGGCUAAGAAACGUCGAGUUGCGGAUUUCUCUGGAACAAAUGAGUCGAAUCCUACUCUUCUUAGACCCAACCCAACGAUGAGAGACAAAAACACAAGGUCUAUGGUAGGCCCCGAUUCUGGCGAUACACCGAAAUAUGCUCCUUGGGAUCGCAUGGCAUUCCUCCAGCGACUAAAGUCUUUCUCGAAUCUGACCGAUUGGACACCGAAGCCUUCCAAGGUCAACGAGGUCGAGUGGGCAAAACGAGGUUGGGUCUGCCAGAAGUUGGAGCGAGUCCGCUGCUCCUUGUGCAAUGUCGAGAUCCUGGUGAAACUGAAUCGCAAAGAGGUGGAUGGCAAGGAGGUGCCUGUAUACGUUGCGCAGAAUAUUGAGGAUGCUUUGGUGCAAAAGUACCGGGAACUCAUCGAGACGUCUCACGAAGAAAGCUGCCUUUGGAGGAAACGAGGGUGUGACGAUUCUAUAUUCAAGCUACCCCUCAAUCAUCCAGGCACAACGAUCCACCAACUCCACGAUCGGUACGACGAGCUAUGCGCUAGAAAGGAGACUCUUCCAUAUAUGAUGAAUGUGCGGACACCUCCGGGAUUUGACCUAGACUUAAUUUUGAGCUACCUUCCAUCAGACUUCUUCGCAUGUACUUCUGCUCAACAUGUCGAAAAUCCUGUACAACAAGAAGUGAACCGGGUAGCUUUCGUGAUGGCGUUAUUCGGAUGGCAAGGGCAUAAUCAUGAAAAAUUAGGGGAACAACUUGGAUCAGUCUCAUGCCAAGCAUGUUUUAGAGUCCUUGGUCUUUGGUUAUUUAAGAGCAAAGAGGUCAAUGAGGCUGGAGAAGAAAUCACAGGAGCGGCGAUGAGCAAGUUAGACAUCGUCAAAGAACAUAGGGAUUACUGUCCCUGGCAGAACGCAGCCUCACAAAAUGGGCUGAAGGCUUCUGCCAUAUCAUCGACAAGUGCCUUGGCUGGCUGGGAAAUCAUCAUACGGAUUCUCAAGAAUCAUCAUCAUCUGAGAUCAAGUGGGGAACGCCUUGGGAGCAGAGAGUCGAGACAGCCCUCAGUCGACAAUGCAAGUGAGUUUGAAAGCACGUUUGGAACGGAAGUCGACGACGAAGCUGCGAAAAGUAUUCGAGAUGAAAAGGACAAAAGAAUGCUUCGCCGGUUGAGAAGAGUUAAGUCCCUUUUUGAGACAAAGGGGAAGAAACUGCAGCGGCCUGAGACCAGGAAUGAGUCUCCCGCCUCUUGAUAAUACGCGGAAGCUACGGUGGAUUUGGAAAAGGAAUUGUACUUGUAUGACUAUAGAUUCUCAUAGAUCUCGGCGCGCGGGGCAUGAAUAGCGAGGAAUUAGAUACCCAAAGAUUUAAUGGAUGGAGUCUAACUGGAAACAUUGUUUGCGAAAACAUGAUGAGAAGAACCCAAAAAUCUCGGGCUUGGAUGAACCGUUGCAGUUUUCUGGGCUUCAGUUCCAAAAAUGGGUAUUUCCUUCGAUGAGAAGAGGUACUAGAUUAGAAGAAUAUGAAAUCAGUCAAACAGGAACUGUAUUUACUGAAAUGGAAAAUGGUCGGG